AUGGCCGUCGACUCGACCAUUUCAUCUCCUCUGGGCCCGCCUGCGUGCGAGAACGAUGCCAAGAAGCUCCAAUUCAUAGAAGAGAUGACCAGAAACACCGACCGGGUGCAGGAGACCGUACUGGCGGAGAUUUUGAACCAGAACGCGGAGGCGGAGUACCUGAAGCGGUACAGUCUCGCCGGAGAUACUGACCGAAAGACGUUCAAGGCCAAACUCCCGGUGAUCACUUACGAGGACCUCCAGCCGGAGAUCCAGCGCAUCGCCAACGGGGACCGGUCGCCCAUCCUCUCUUCUCAUCCCAUUACCGAAUUCCUGACCAGGUACGAAAAUUAUCUCCCACCAGCGAUCAAAAAAUAUUCGGGUGGGCUCGACAAUCGUUAGAAUAUCAUCCUCGAUGACGUUCAUGUGAUCUCGCAGCUCUGGGACCUCGGCCGGUGAGCGGAAGCUAAUGCCGACAAUUAGAGAAGAGCUGGAUCGCCGACAGCUCCUGUACAGCUUACUGAUGCCCGUGAUGAACAUGUAAGCCUCGGGGUUUGAUCCAUAUUCAAUCUAUUUCUUCCGAUCUUUCGAUUGGCAAAAAGGCUGUGUUCGUCCAAAUCGUUAGCACUUUCUGAUGGACACAAGCCAUGGUAUGUGUUGUCGCAGUUUCGUGCCGGGUCUCGACAAAGGCAAAGGGCUGUACUUUCUGUUUGUGAAGUCCGAGAGCAGGACACCGGGUGGCCUCCUCGCCAGGCCCGUGCUCACCAGCUACUACAAGAGCGACCAUUUCCGCACGCGUCCCUUCGACCCGUACAACGUCUACACCAGCACUACGGAGGCCAUCCUCUGCGCCGACUCCUUCCAGAGCAUGUACGUCCAGAUGAUCUGCGGCCUCUACCAGCGAGAGGAAGUCCUCCGGGUCGGGGCGGUAUUCGCCUCUGGCCUCCUCCGAGCUAUCCGGUUCCUCCAGGUCCACUGGGAGCAGCUCUCACAGGACAUCGCCAUGGGGGCGCUCAACGAGAAGAUCACUGACGCCGCCGUCCGGGCGUCCGUAUCUGGCCUGCUGAAGCCCGAUUGGGAGCUGUCCCAGUUCGUGAUCGAACAGUGCUCGGACGGAGAUUGGGGCGGCAUCGUCCGAAGGAUCUGGCCCAACACCAAGUACCUCGAUGUGAUCGUCACCGGCGCAAUGGCUCAGUACAUCCCCACGCUUGAAUACCUCAGCGGGGGGCUGCCGAUGGCCUGCACCAUGUACGCCUCCUCCGAGUGCUACUUCGGCCUCAACCUCAGGCCCAUGUGCAAGCCUUCGGAGGUCUCCUACACCAUCAUGCCCAACAUGGCGUACUUCGAGUUCCUCCCCUACGAAUCCUCCAACAUCAACUCCAGAGACCCUCCGCCCAAGCUCGUCGAACUGGCCGACGUCGAGGUGGGCAAGGAGUACGAGCUGGUGGUCACCACCUACGCGGGGCUGUACCGCUACCGCGUUGGUGACAUCCUCCGGGUCACGGGAUUUCACAACGCCGCCCCUCAGUUCCAUUUCGUGCGGCGCAAGAACGUGCUGCUCAGCAUCGAGUCGGACAAGACGGACGAGGCCGAGCUGCAGAAGGCGGUGGAGAACGCCGCCGAGCUCCUGAAGCCCUACGGCGGGAGCGUCGUGGAGUACACGAGCCACGCUGAGUCGAAAACCAUUCCGGGCCACUACGUCAUCUACUGGGAGCUCAUGUUUAAGGACCCGAUGAGCGGCCCCGGCGCGGAGGUCCUGGAACAAUGUUGCCUGGCGAUCGAGGAGUCGCUGAACACCGUGUACAGGCAGAGCCGGGUCGCUGACGGCUCGAUUGGGCCGCUGGAGAUCCGGGUAGUGCGGGGAGGCACCUUCGAGGAGGUGAUGGACUUCGCCAUCUCCCGCGGGGCGUCCAUCAACCAGUACAAGGCCCCCCGCUGCGUCAACGCCGCCCCCAUCCUUGAGCUGCUCGAUUCGCGGGUGGUCUCCGCCCACUUUAGCCCCUGCGCGCCCAAAUGGAGCCCGCACCGCCGUUAG